UAAUAAUAUAAGAAAUAAGACAAUGAUUCUAAAUAGAUUCCAAAAAGUAUGCAUAAACCUUACGAUUGCAAUAAUAAUCCUUGGAAUUGUAAUCAUUUUGUUGACGUCUAAUUUUAAACAUGAAAACGAAAAGCUUAAAACUGUAUUGAUAGCAAUCGCGCUCGUUUGGCUGAUAAAAUAUGUUAUAUUUGAUCUGUUAAUCCUUGUAGCAUUAGCAUUCAGUGAUGUUUAUUGCAAAUGUUGUAAGAAAUUAAAAAGAACUAGGCAAGAGGACAAACCACAGCAAAAUGGACAUAUUGAGACUCUCAAAUUACAGGUAGAGAGCUACAAGUCAAAAGUACAAUUACCAGAAAAACACACACAUGAAACCACCAACUUAAAGUAUAAACAAAUAACCGCAGACUUGUGGGUCUACGGUAAACAAUUUUUACUGCUUUUAAUAGUGAUAAUGGGAAUACAUAAUGGUCUAACCUAUUGGAAUGCGGUCAUUAUGAGACGAGUGCUCACAAAAAAUGAAGAACGAGACUAUUCAUUAAAUGAUGUCAAAACUCCAGACCAAAUAUAUGAAUUUAUACGGAACUUACCGAUACUGCAAUUCAAUGAUGGUAAGGAUUACAACAAUAUGGAAAUUAAGGAGCAAGGUUGGAUAUCAUAUGAGCUGGGAAAACUGAUCGGUGUAGUACGUUUAAGACAGUUUCGUCGCACAAGUGAAAAGGAUAUAAUUCGUAAUCUAGUAUAUGAGUUUCGUCAUUUUAUGCCUGGUUGGCAACUGCCUUACGAAAAAUUGCAUUAUGUAGAUAAAUUUUGGCGUAUUACUGAGCCUUGGUUACCAAUGGAGGCAACAUCUUUUCAAACUCAUAACGAUUUCUUCGCUUUCACGCGUUCGGGGGUUUUGGAUGAUUAUGAAGAUGGAGGCUACGUGGCAGUACUAGCUAGAGACGUAAACAAUAGUGAAAAUGUUGUACAAAUGCUAGAAGAAUUUAAUUGGAUUAACGAAAAAACAUUAGUGGUGUUUAUUGAGUUCACAGUGUACAACACCGAUACGAAUAUUUUCACUGUUUCUAGCAUUAUGAUGGAGCAAACACCUUUUGGUAUUAUAAUGUCGUCUUGUAGUGUACUCAGUUCAGCUCUCCUACUGAAUAUUGACCAACUCAGCUAUAUAGGGUUAAUUGUGUUAUUGCUCUACAUACUACAGUUGAUAGAAUUCACAACAGUUAUUUUUCUAAGAAUUUGGCAUGCCCCAGAAACAAUUUGGUUACCAUGGAAUUUAGUGGAUAUUACCAUUGAUGAAAAAAGCGAUGGAUGCUGUAAACCAAAUGCGAAUGUUUGCAGUAAUAAUUAUCCGUCAUUGCUUUUAACACUGAAAGCGAUUGAUUUCUCCCAUGUUUUACAGUUUAUAUCUCAAACACGCAUUGAACAGAGCAUAUUAGAUUUAAUGCUUGGGCUUUUGAAUAUUAAUAAGCAGGAGGAAAGUAAAAGAAAUUCUUGGUUAGAAAACUGUGAAUCGAACUGUUCCAGCUUAGAAAUUUUGCGCAUACUAACAUUAAAUAUUGGAACCGAUGAAAUUCACCAAUGCUUCCAAAAUGAUAGUUAUGCUUUCAAUAGACCAUUGAGAAAUAAUAGUGACGGCUUCCAAACAGAUGUUGAAAAAGAUAAUAAUCAGUGCCGGAAGCAUACACAUAUGUUUUUAGAAAGGGAAAGAAUGCUUAUAGAGCAGUUACUAUCAAAAGCGAAUGAAAUAUGCCCAAGCAUUCUUCAAGACUUUAAUAGCAAUCACGAUACUUUAAUUGCACAUGGGUUGCGCAUAAUAUGGUCAUCUGUAGGUGUAAUCUUGGAUCAUAUACUACUUUGGUGGAUGGAUACUCCAAUAACAUGUUAUUCUGUAAUUCAUAUUGAUUCCAUAAGACUUUGGAUGCAAAUGCAGAAAAUUGAAGAUAUUCCAGAGCCAGUACAUUCUACUCUUAGAGGUGUAAGUGAAAUUCUUACUAAUUUUGUGUGUAAUAAUAUUUGGGAUCAACUUUUUCGAUUUACGUUUAUUUCGAAUAAUUCUAUAAAUGUUUUAGUAACUAAAAUAUCUGAUGCUUAUCAUGGAUGCCCAAAGAAUAACUUGGGUACGGCUACAGGCACAAUUUGGAUAGUAGUAUUUUUUAACUUAGUCAACUUAAGCAAUAAUUUCUUUCCUACUAUUAACAUGGGAAACUCGUCCUUAGUUCCAGUUUCUGAACAAAUACCAAUUUUACAUCGGAUUGAUCAUUCAGUCCAUUCAAUGCGCAUAUGGGUUACUGAACAAACAAAAUUGUUAUGUUGUGAAUGGAAAAUGAGUCUCUUUUUCAAGAUAUUAGAACAGGACGUGCAAAUCUGCCUAAAAUUAUUUGAUAAAUUUAAGCUGCCAAACUUAUCUUCUAAUUUGAAUGACAUUUUAAUGCUGGUAUGCAUUGCAUUGCGCACAAAAUUAAUAUGUGAGGUCAAAGUCAAUAUUGAAAAACUAAAGAAUACUACAGAGGAAUGUGUUAAUAUAUUAUCAUCUGUAUGCCGGAUAUUAAGUUUGGCCACUUUUACACUAUGUUUUCCGCCAGUUACCCAUUGGCAGCAAAAUACAUAUAAUGCGGAAGUGAAGUCUACCUAUGUCGAUUAUGUUCUGGACCAAAUCUUUUUACCCAUAAUACAAGCAACAACAGAACUUGCAGUGUUGAAACUUAUUUUAAGAAUAAUAUGUGAGUCCUGGCUAGACUUUAUUUAUAAUAAACGCAUAAAAUUCAAUAUAGCCGGCGCACUACGAUUGCUGAGUGAUUUUGACUAUGUUCGUGAAUGGAUAUUAAAUUGCAACUUCAUAAAUCAAGAUCAAUUAGAUAAGUUGAGUAAUCAUGAGGUUCUUCGCAUGUGUAAGGGUGUGGGAAAGAUUUUACUCCGCAAACCUGAAGAUAUAAUUUCAAUAACAAAGUCACCAGCAUAUGAUCAUAAAUUAAACGAUGAAGCGUUACAGGAAACUCAACUGCCUUCAGAAAUGUUCGUUUCCAACCAGAAGAAUUGGCUACAACUGCGGGCUGGAGAAUCUAGUUUUUUAUAUUUUAAAAUGUGUUGCAAUGACAAUACUAAUCUUUAA